CUUUGUCGGGGGCAGGCCGAGGGGGCGUGGUACAGCGCAUGCGCGGCGGUAGCCAAUCAGCCUUCGUCGGGGUCCCGCCCGUGCCCGUGGCGGCGACCGGGGCACGACCGUGCCACUCGGAGGCGCGAUGUCAGGGCGCCUCCGCUGUUGCUGACCGAGCGAAGGGCCGACACGACGCUCCCCGACGAGAAUGGCUCUCGCCAUGACUCCGUGGCGGGACCCCGUCGACCCUGCCGACCUCGUCAUCGGCCUGCCCCCGGGUCACCCACCCGGGACACCGCAGUCAUCCACGUCUUCUUCGGACAAGACCCAGCAUGCGAACAUCGAAUGUGUCGUGUGUGGUGACAAAAGUUCGGGCAAGCAUUACGGACAGUUCACUUGCGAAGGGUGCAAGUCUUUCUUCAAGCGGAGCGUCCGACGCAAUCUGACAUAUACGUGUCGUGGCAAUCGGAACUGCCCCAUCGACCAGCAUCAUCGCAACCAGUGCCAGUAUUGCCGGCUUAAAAAAUGCCUCAAGAUGGGCAUGCGAAGAGAGGGUAGGUGCAGUGCUACUCCCCAACGUCCUGUGUCGUGUUGUGCUCUUGUUCAGGAUGCGCUGUUCGAAGGUGGCCAGGAUUGCUUCUCCCAAACGGUGCAACGAGGCCGGGUACCGCCGUCUCAGCACGGAGGCCUCCCUGGCCAGAUGUCUCUGACGAACGGCGAUGCUGCAGCGGCAGCGCUCAACGGUCACUCCUACCUGUCCAGCUUCAUCUCGCUGCUCCUGCGGGCCGAGCCGUACCCCCCGAGCCGCUACGCACAAUGUAUGCAACCCAACAACAUCAUGGGCAUUGACAACAUUUGUGAGCUAGCGGCCAGGUUGCUGUUCAGCGCCGUGGAGUGGGCGAGAAAUAUCCCGUUCUUCCCGGACUUGCAAGUGACGGACCAGGUGGCCCUGUUGCGGCUGGUGUGGAGCGAACUGUUCGUGCUCAACGCGUCGCAGUGCUCCAUGCCCUUGCACGUGGCACCGUUGUUGGCUGCGGCGGGUCUUCAUGCGUCUCCCAUGGCGGCCGACAGGGUCGUCGCAUUCAUGGACCACAUCCGAAUCUUCCAGGAGCAGGUGGAGAAGCUCAAGGCGCUCCAUGUGGACGCUGCGGAGUACAGCUGCCUCAAGGCGAUUGUGCUCUUCACCACUGACGCCUGCGGACUCUCAGACGUCGCCCACAUCGAGAGCCUGCAGGAGAAAAGCCAGUGCGCACUGGAAGAGUACUGCCGGACCCAGUACCCAAAUCAGCCGACCCGCUUCGGCAAGCUCCUUCUGCGGCUUCCCUCGCUGCGAACCGUCAGCUCGCAGGUCAUCGAGCAACUCUUCUUCGUCAGGCUCGUCGGCAAGACACCCAUUGAGACCCUCAUCAGGGACAUGCUCCUCUCCGGCAGUUCCUUCAACUGGCCCUACAUGCCGCUUCAGUGACCCACGUCCGGGGUCCAUGCACUGGACCCCUGGAACACAACUCUGCUGCCACCCACGGCGCCGCUGUGGCCGCCUCUGGCCGCGACCAGCCCACUGGCCGCUGAGACGGCUGCGGAUGCGCUGGCAGAGCCGUUUCGCCGAAAUGCCAAGGCACCUCUUUAGAGGGCAAGGUCCUGCUGGUUGGAGAGAAGUCUUGUUACCACGGUGAGGGAAGUCGCUGGAGUGGUCCUGCACGAAGUUCUGAACGAGGUGCCAAAACAAGACGAGUUCGUAUCCGGGAGGAUGCUGUCCUGGGCUAUGAAGACAGGUCCUAGAAGAUUCGCGAAGAGGUGCGCUGCGUCCUGUGCUAGUCCAAGGCACGUCCGUUGAGUGAAUGGUGUUGGGAGACUACACGCGGUUUGUCAAGUUGCUGGAGAGGCAGAAUGCCGUAGCCAAACAAAAAGAACUCACGAAGAAGUGUGAUCCUUCGUUGCCCCGAUAUAUUUUAUGCCCGUGUCGUAUGCACAGGAAAAACGAUAAAGCGAGUAUCCUCAACUCUAGAUAACGGAGGCUAAACUACAAAGACUGCAUGAAAGCACUCAAUCUCAAGAUCUAAAAGACACGCUGUCACUUUCAAAGUCACAGCAUUAACAGUACGAGCCAAGGCAUGAACGAACCAUUCCAGUUGCAUCUGCGCACGGAAACCAACCGCACCGCUUCAGCAUCCCGACCCCUACCAACAACGGCUGGAACUUCUCCUGAAAGCUUACUGCUCACCGGUGAUUUCUUCAGCAGUGACAACGGGCCAAAAUGUGAGGGAAUGAACUUGGCGAUCCUGCAAAAAGGAAGGAAGAAAGAAAGAGAGACAAUGGUGAACGAAACGAGAGAGAAAUGCCAAAAUGUCAGUGUCUAACACUUUCCUCUAUUCCAAGGACUUGUAAAUACGACAAGUGCCACCACGGCCGUGGCGAGAGACUCGUUUAUUUUUAUUUUUCUGUCCUCAGUGUACAGUACCAUCCCGCGCGCGAUCUACGUGUUCUUUCUCUUCCAUUUGCAUCUGACCUCAGUUAAUAGCGUCCGAAGCUAGGGCACACGAAAAAGAGUAUCGGCUGUGCGUGUGCUAAACAUACAAGUCGUGCGAAUCCCAUUUCUUUGCGCUGCUCAUCCGAGUUAAUUCCCCGUGAACGUCCCUCUCUUUGGCAAGCGGCGCAGAGAUCGCGCGCGCGCGCCGAACUAGGACGACGGCAGAUCCCUUCUUUCCUGGCAGGUCCUUCGUAGCGACUUUUUUUCUACACUGAUCAUCACGAAACGUUGUGCACUACCAAGUUUCUCUGCACUUAGUCUGUAGGCGAAUAUAAUGUGGGUGCCAAAUUGUUGGACAUACGCGAGCAUAGACCGUUGACGUGGAGGCGAGGAAGAAUAACCAAGAAGGGUGGUCAAUUAUUUUACUCCCCUAGCGACAUCAGUUUCAUUGGCUAUUCGUUUUAAAUGAUUCCCUCGGGGGUAUGACUUUUUUUUGAAACGAGGUGUGGUGCUCUUUUUUUAUGGUUUAUAUAUAUAUAUAUAUAUAUAUUUCUUUUAACUUUUUCACGACUAAGUGUAGGAAUACGUGCUACUGGAAGCGUUCUUUGAACAAUCGUAGGGCGCAUCCCUCAAUAUUUAUACCAUCACAUGUGCGCUGUUUAAUUAUUGGCUGUGAACAAUUUUUAUAGGGAGAAGGUCGGUAUAACAAUUAGUGUGAAGAUAUUAACCUAAACGUUAUCUUAACAGAUUCGGAAAAGACGCGGAGGGCACGAUGAUUAAAUGCGAGACCAAAAAAAAAAAAGAGAGAGAGAGAGAGAGAAAAGACAGCUAGAAUCACAAUGAAAUUGCCAUCAAAUACCAGAGAACAUUGGAGCGAGAAAGUAUUACACGCGCUCACUCGCAUCAUAUACGAGUGUAGCGCUGAAUAAUUAAUGAAGGUGUUUCGAGCUUUCCAUGAGCACAGCGUAUACAUCUGUGAACCGAAAUAAAUAAUAAUAAUAACAAUAAUAAUAAUAUUUUUUUAAAUCAUUCAAGGCGUUCAUACGUCAAGCGUCCUGGAACAGGUGGUCGCACCAGUGCGACCUACGUUUCCAUUUUUUCUCUCUAUUUCUAUCCUGUUCUCUUCCGUGAACCGAUAUACUUCUUUCUCAUGCAGAGAAAGGUCCGGGUUCACAACAGGUACAAAAAUGAUUAUUCAAAAACGCUUCAGGAGUAGCCAGCCUCGUUCAUGAGUGCCACACUUUCUAUUUAUUAUUAUAUUUUCGUUGACCAGACCGACCAAACCAAAACCAAAUGGCUUCACUUCUUGGUUACUCUUCGGACGGUACUACAUAUGACAUUCCUUGGACACUUCACCUGCUAUGUUUGAUCGCGAAGAGACUAUGCAGCGCGAGCAAAACAUUAACAAUUUUUAAAACUCUCGUUUCCCGCCCGAACGUUUCCUGAAACUGUGAGGACCAACCGUAUACGACACCUUUCUCCCUGGAUCCCUCUGGUGGCUAUUGUAAUGAAACCCGGUUGCCUGGCGACGUGGUUGCAGAGGCGCAGUUGGUCACGUCGUAAUCACGUGUCUCUGCGAGGUGGGCAAUGUCGAACGAACAUUGAUGAAAUACUGCUGUACAAUAUGGCUGAUAUGUGCAAUACAGGAGGAGCCGUUAUGAGCGCGAACGAUAGAUAUAUCGCGUCGAGUCAACGGUCGGAUACGAAUGCUCAUAACUUAUACGGUUGCACUUGUCACACAAAAUUGUUUUUCUCAACGUACUUUACAAAUAGCGCCACUGAUUAUUUCAAGUUGCGUAUUUCGACUGAUAUUACUUCCAUAGCAAGUGUCGCAAUGAAACGAUUAGAUUAUUAAAUUAUUGCUUUGAAAUUGAUUAAUUGAAUUGGAUUUAAUUCAAGUGUUCCGAGUUGCAAUUGAAUAGAAAUAUUAAUCGUUACUACCUGAGUAGAACCCGGAGAGAGGCCUGAACGGGAGCAUUACUAUCGACUACAUCGAUGUAUCUCAACAUUACUAGUGUUAGGAUUCCUUCUUGAACGCAACAAUUGCUAGGUUGACAUCUCAGCGCAGCUUUAAAAAAAACGUGCAGCAGGGCUCUUUUUCUGUUUUCAACAACUUUCAACCACAUCUUCAUAUCCAUGCCACAUCCAAAUCGCACCCAUUCACGAAUCAUGUGACUGUACAAUGUUCGCGGCCGAAUUUGUAAAUGUGUCAAAAGUGUGUGUGUGCGUGCAUGUGAACGUUGUGUACAUUGUAUGUGUGCCGUAUACUUCUACCUGUGUUUUCAGCCACCUUUGGUUCAUUACUGUCGAGAGAUGUCAUCAGUUAUGUGGCAGUGAUGAUAAUGAAGGCGUCAUUCCGAUAACCAUGCCGAUCUCGAGAUACAAAAUAGUAAAAAGGGGGUGUAUGUAUCCUUAGAGGGGUAAAAUAUUUUAAUCUUUUUCUUCGAGUCAAGAAUUGAAAACAAAAUCAAAAAGUACGAAAAGUUAGCAGGCCAUGGAACCAUUUCAGAUACAACUGAAUCUUGCUGCGGUUCUGUUUCAGAUAAAUACGAAAAAAUGGACUGACACUCUGUAGAAAUCAACAAAAGAAUGUGACAGUUGACACCGUAUUUAAUCUUAAGAUGUAGUUUUGCCGAACGUCGACGCCCAUCUGAAUGGAUAAGCGUUCUGACGCCCCCUUUUUAAUGUUUUGUGACACCGAAAUUUUCUAGCAAACAACUGUUGGAUAUAGAAGGGGCGGUAUCAAUUCUGCUCAGUUGCAAAACAUGAGACAAUUUCCGACAACCCCGCGACUGUUUCUUGUAAGUGCACACACUUCUCUGUUUUUUCCUCUUUUAACAAACCGAUGGCAUUUAUAGACCUGCAAUCUGUCGACUUGAGUUGAACUCGCGAGGGAAAAAUCGCCAGAUAUGAGAGUUCGACGCCAAUAAAGAAAUGCUGAAACUACGAUCUCAA